AUGAUCAAGAACAUCCCCAACAAGUACACCCAGAAGAUGCUGCUGCAGACCAUCGAGGAGUCCCUGCGCGGCACCUUUGACUUUUUCUACCUGCCCAUAGACUUCAAGAACAAGUGCAACGUCGGCUACGCCUUCAUCAACAUGAUCCAGCCCCGCUCCAUCCUGCCCCUCGUCGAGCGCUUCGACAACCGCCGCUGGGAGAAGUUCAACAGUGAGAAGGUCUGCCAGAUCAGCUACGCGCGCAUCCAGGGCCGCGCGGCGCUGAUCUCGCACUUUCAGAACUCGAGCCUGAUGCACGAGGACAAGCGGUGCAGGCCGGUGCUCUUCGUGACGGACGGCCAGCACGCGGGGGAGCAGGAGCCCUUUCCCGUAGGGCCCAACGUGCGGCCGAGGCAGCACGUAGGCGGCGGGGGCGGCGGCGGCGGCGGCGGCGGCGCGCGCGGGGGUGGCGGGGGCGGCGGCGGCAGCGGGGGCGGCGGCAACCCGGCAGCGUGA